AUGCAGUUCAAGCUUUUCGUUGCCCCUCUCCUUGUUGCCCUGGCCAUGGCUGCCCCUUCGUUCGAGGACGGUCAUCUCGCCAAGCGUACCUGCGGCACCCUUACCGGCGAGAAGCUGAAGAUCUGCCAGGAAGCUUGCAAGGCCAUCUGUAAGGCUGGAACUGCGGGCAUUGCCUCGGGCCUUUGCGAGAAGGCCUGUGACCUUGGCCCCAUGAAGCGAGAGGCCGCUCCUGAGCCUGAGCCCUCUUUCGGCCAGAAGGCUUGUGAUGUUGCCUGUGACGUUGCAUGCAACUCUACCGUCCUGGCUUUGGAGCAGCGGAAGUGCCUUGAGAAAUGUAAGGCCAAGUGUGACAACUAG